AUGGCAAAUUCUAAUGAACAUGUAUCAAUUCACAUGCCAAAAUAUGAAACAACACCAAUUCAUUUUAAUACUCCAACAUCUGGUGUUUCAAUAGAUAUUGCUGAUAUACAAAAUUAUAUUCGUGAGAAAGCAGAAAAAAAUUUAGAACAAUGUAAAACAUUUGAAAUAUCAUUACCACCAUCAAUUACUGGUAUAACUAGUGAAUCGAAUAAAAUUGAAUUUCAAUCAUUAUUUCAAACUCCAACAUUAAGUGAACUUGAAAUUGUAUCAACUAAUCCAGAUGGAUCAUCAUUAAGAUUAAAUGAAGAACAAUUGAAAGCAGUUAAACAAACAGGAGAAUUUGAAGUAGAUAGUAUUCAUUUUCCUGGUCAACGUCAUCGAUGGAGAUUAAGUAAAUUACUUCAAUCGGGUAUUCAAACAGCUAAUGACGUGCUUUAUAAAGAAUUAUCAUGGGCUGUUUAUAUGUUAAUAAUAUUUGCUCGAGAUCGUGUUUUGUCGAAUUGUUUUAGUUUUAAUGCAACUUUACGAUCAUGGAAACAAGGUUUUGUUAGUUUAAUUGAUGCCCUUAUUGGAUUACCUGCAGUUUAUUCAAGUAGUAUCGAUUUACAAGUAGAAAAUGAACGAAAUAAAUUUUUAGUUAUUGAACUUUUACCACAUGAAAGUGAAAAAGAAAUGCAUGAUGCAUUUUGUGCACAAAUACCACUUGUAUUAGAAAUGAUGAUAGAACAUAACAAAUACACACUUCGUCAGAAUCAGGUAUGACAUAUUAAUUGUUAAAUAAAGAAGAAUUUUAAGUUAAAUCAUAAUUCCAAGAUUUUCAAUAGUCUUAUGAACAAUUCUUAGGUUCUAUUUAUUUUUGUUCAAUACAGCCUUAGUAAUCAAGUUGAUUCCGCGUGUCCUACACGCGUAGAAUGAGAAAGAAGUAGACAGUAUCCU